CUCUCUCCUUCUACUGCUCCUCUUUGAUCAUAAACAUAUAUCUGAUUUACACAGUUUUUAUUCUGUUUAAAGAUUGAGAUCAUAGCUUUCUGAGUCUACAUAUAUAUAUUUGUCACUGUUUCAACAUGGCGGCGAAGCGGGCGGCUUUGUUUCUGGUGUGCCUCACGGCGGUGGUGGCGGUGGGCCGGUGCUGGGGUGAGGAGAAGGCGGGGAAAGUGAAUAUGGCGGAGGACAUGUCGAUGCGGGUCCAAGAGGCGGAGCAGCCGCCGUCUGAGGAGGGGAAGGAUGCCAAAGACCAUGCUGAUUCUUGGGCUGAGUGGGCUAUCAACAAGUUAUCUGAGGGAAUUGGAAUAGAUUCAGAUAAAGCAAAAGAUGUGGCUCACAAAGUCGUGGAGAAGACCAAGGGUGCUGCUUCCAAGUCCACGGAUGCUCUGAGCUCUGCUGCUUAUGAUACAUCUAAGUAUGCUUCUGAGAAGGCUAAAGAAAUGGCUGACACUACGUCUGAGAAGCUAGACGAUGCCAAGAACUAUGCCUCUGAAAAGGGUGGUGAGGCCGUGAAGGUGGCGUCGGAUAGGGCAUCUGCUGCAAAAGAAACAGGCAAGCAUAAGGCGGGUAAUGCCUAUGAAUCCGCUUCUGAGACUGCUAGUGAUGUUGCUGGUGGGACGGCUGAGAAACUAGGAAGGGCCAAGGACUGUGCUUCAGAAAAGGCAGGCGAAGCCAUGAAGAUGGCUUCGGAUAUGGCUUCUGGUGUAAAAGAAACUGCCAAGGAUAAGGUGAAGAAUGCCUAUGAAUCCUCUUCUGAGACGGCUAGCGAUGUUGCCCGUGGGCCGGCUGAGAAACUAGGAAGGGCCAAGGACUGUGCUUCAGAAAAGGCAGGCGAAGCCAUGAAGAUGGCAUCGGAUAUGGCUUCUGGUGCAAAAGAAACUGCCAAGGAUAAGGUGAAGAAUGCCUAUGAAUCCGCUUCUGAGACGGCUAGCGAUGUUGCCGGCAGGACGUCUGAGAAACUAGGAAAUGCUAAGAACUAUGCUUCAGAAAAAGCUGGUGAGGCCAAAGAUAAAGCUUAUGAUGCUUAUGAAGUUGGUACUGAUAAAGCCGGUCGAGCAAUGGAAUCUGCUUCCGAUAUUGCCAGCGAUGCCAAAGAAAAAAUAAAAGGUAAGGCUUAUGAUGUGUAUAGUUCAGCAUCCGGCAAAGCCCACGAUGUGAUGAAUGCAGCUUCAGAUACGGGCAGGGAUGCUAGCGAGAAGGUGAAUGAGAAAGUUCAUGAUGCCUACAACGAUACCGCUGAUAAAGCUGCUCGAGUGAAGGAUAUGUCAUCGGAUUUGGCCAGUGAUGUCAAGGAGAAGGCAAAAGAUAAAGCAUAUAAUGCCUACACUUCUGCCUCAGAGCGAAUGAAUGAAGCAGCCGAUCAGGCCGCCAGCAUGGCUGGACAAGCUAGAGAAGCAAUGAAAGAUAAAGCAUCUGAUGCAUAUAAAGCUGCAGAUGUAAGUAUGAAAAUGGCAAAGGAAAAGGCUAGUGAUGCAAAAGAGACGAUGGCGGAUGCAACUUCCCACAGGAAGGACGCAGCUUUUGAUACAUAUGAGGAUGCAAAAGCAAGAGUUCAUGAUGCUUACACGUCCGCCAAGGAUUCCAUGUCCGAGCAGGCUAAGCAGAAGUAUGAGGCAGCUAAAGAGAAGGCUUCCCAAGCAACAGGCGAUCUAGGAGCAAAAAUGAGGUCAGCAGACAUGGCUGAACUAUGAGGAAUGUUUGUGUUCCAGCAGCUACAUUUUCAUCAUUUGCAAAUACUUCUGUUGUAGGUUCAAAUAUGGUGUUCCGGAGUUGAGUUGUUUUGCAGAGUGUUUUACACGUCUGACUUUAGUUUAAUAUACAGAAGAUCUUGACAA